AUGAAACUCGAAUACGGAAACGGACCACAGCUGGUCCACUUAUCCAACAUCACUUUCAACGGCACCACGCCGAUCAACAUGAAUGGGGAGGUUACCGACAAGUCGAAUUUGGUGACGGUAAUAUGGGCAGUGAACUUGACGGCGUUUGUUCUUGUUGGAUUGUUCCUACCAGUUCGAGUCAUCGUCCGUUGCACGGUGACGAGGAACUUCUUCAGCGACGAUGUGCUGGUUAUCAUCGCGGCACUCUUUACCUUUGGCAUUUGCUCGCUUUUACCCAUAGCAAUGGAUUGGGGAUUGGGACAACACUACUGGAAUCUCGACCUCGAGGCUCUUCCUGAGAACACGAGAAAUCUCACGAUGAUUAUGUUCAUCGAGAACACGCUGUACCCUUGUGCAAUAGCCUUCGCCAGACUUUCAGCCAUAUGUUCCUUUCUCAGAUACAUCACCAGCAACACCAUGCGAUACGCGAUGUACGGUGCCGCAGCUCUCACCGGCGGCUUCGCUGUUGCGUCCGUAUUCGCAGUGAUCUUCCAAUGCAAGCCGGUCUCGGCGGCCUGGGACACCACGAUUGGCGGCGCGUCUUGCUACCCCUUCUUCGACUUCUUGAAAGUCAGCACGGCGAUCGGUAUUGCCAUUGAUGUUCUGCUUUGCACCGCACCUCUGCCGUACUUCUGGAGGUUGGAGAAACUGUCAACGACAAUGAAAAUUGCGCUCACUAUUCUCUUUGUCUUUGCUGGACUUGCGUGUGCUGCCAUUAUAGUUAAGCUUGUUUUCUUACAAACUCUCAACGAGGUAGAUGUCACGUACAACUGGGUCAGCUGGGUUCUGUGCUCCAUUGCCGAGUGCACCAUCGCCAUCGUCUGUAUUUCGAUACCGCCGAUCGUCCCUCUCUUCACGAGAUGCGCCCAUCGAAGGAAGAAUUUCGACGAUGACCUCGUAAAGCCUUGCAAGAAACGUGGAAGGUCGGCGAGAUAUACCGUGUGGCCCGGCAAGCCCACCCACAACCGUGCCGUGGCUCCUCGAGUCAUCCGGCCGAUGGCUACACCAUGGAAGGACCAGCCGGUAGAGACAACGACGGUAUCGGAAUUCCACUGGCUCAAGCUCGAGCAAGCAGAACGCGGACUCAGGGAGAAGAAGGAACGUCACGAACGCCAGAGUCAAGCCCGCCUUCCCGUUGCCCCGCCCGGUCCAUUGCCUUUCAGCAUGCCGGGCUUCAUGCCGCCACCCGCCGUCAAACAAUACCAUCGGCGCCAUGAUAUGAGUUCCAACAGCUCCCGCAUUGACAUGUAUGGGCGAACUUGGAAUAGGGGGCCCCAGUCGUCAAAGGCAGACCAAGUUCUCGGAAUUGCUAUGUGA